UCUUUGUAUUCAUCGCCACUCUCUCUGACUUCGGUGCUUCCAAAGCAACUAUCUCUCUCUCUCUCUCUCUCUCUCUCUCUCUCUCUCUCUCUCUCCUCCUGAAUCGUUUCCGUUCAAAUUUUCACCAGAGCUUCAAUGGCUACUCCAACCGUCACAGCCUUCAAAACCGCCGCGAUCGCACGUACCGGCGACCUGAAACUCGCUCAUUUCCGGCAAUGCUCUCCGGUUACCGGCCGAGUUGGAUCCGUUCACCUCCGGCAGAGCCUCAAAUCGCAUUGCGGGUCGUUAGUUUCGGCCGGUGUAAAAGCGCAGGUCGCCACUGUUGCACAAGCUAGUAUUGAAUCAACUCAAAGCGUGGAAGCUCCUGUUGUUGUGGUCACUGGAGCCUCUAGAGGCAUUGGCCGAGCUAUCGCGUUGGCUUUGGGGAACGCUGGUUGUAAGGUUCUGGUUAAUUAUGCUAGGUCAUCGAAGGAGGCAGAAGAAGUUUGUAAAGAGAUCGAGACAUGUGGUGGUCAGGCUCUUACUUUUGGGGGAGAUGUUUCAAAAGAAGAGGAUGUGGAAUCAAUGAUCAAAACUGCAGUUGACACAUGGGGAACUGUUGAUAUAUUGAUAAACAAUGCAGGUAUUACUAGAGAUGGUUUAUUGAUGAGAAUGAAGACUUCUCAGUGGCAGGAAGUUAUAGAUCUGAAUCUCACUGGUGUAUACCACUGCACACAGGCUGCGGCCAAAAUUAUGAUGAAAAAGAAAAAGGGGAGGAUAAUUAAUAUAGCAUCAGUUGUUGGUCUUACUGGUAAUAUUGGGCAAGCCAAUUAUAGUGCUGCCAAAGCAGGGGUAAUUGGCCUAACGAAAACCGUGGCAAAGGAAUAUGCAAGCAGGAAUGUUAAUGUUAAUGCUGUUGCCCCAGGAUUCAUUGCAUCUGAUAUGACCGCUAAGCUUGGGGGAGACAUUGAGAAGAAAAUCUUGGAAACCAUCCCUUUGGGUAGGUAUGGCCAACCGGAAGAAAUUGCUGGGCUGGUAGAAUUCUUGGCCCUCAAUCCUGCAGCCAGUUACAUUACUGGACAGGUGUUCACCAUUGACGGAGGAAUGGUUAUAUAGGAGGUCGAGGAAUGGUGAUGAAGGAGGUCGCACACGUUCUUUUUAAGAUAUGCUGUAGAAAACAAAUAAACAAAUAAGUACUGUUGAGGAAGGUUUGAUUGAAUUGAUUAACACAAAUUGUUGUACGAGUUUAUGAAACUUGGGAUCACAAAACGGGAUUUAUGAAUGAAUCGCCGUAUUUGCAUCAA